AACUCAAGAACGUCGCCGUUUCAUUAUUGUCGGUCAUGUGACGUCAUUAAAGAAUUAAAAUGUAGUUACACGUUAUACCUACAUAUAGAACAAGAAAAAGAGUAAUUUCAGAGAACCCGAAAGUGUGAAGAUCGGGUGUUUUCUUCCAUUUCAUGCCAUUAUUGGUUCUUAAUUCUUGAAAAAUUCAACUUGGCUCUCAAUCAUAUUCCACUCCUCUGGCAUCCGCAUUUUUCUUCGUCUACACGCCUUCUGCCUGAUGCUUUGCUGCCGACUCUCACUCAUAGUUGUGAAAUUAAACAUCAAUUCCUCUCAAUUUCGCAAGAUCUCUCAACUCAUCCACCUGAGGUUUUGAUAGGCAAUGACGUUAAGGCGAGGAUUAUCCGGUACAGGUCUCCACAGGAAAAAAGGCGGUGGAUCUCGAGUGCCUAUUGUUCUUGUGAUUUUCUUUGUAGUUUUAAUGCCGUUAAUUUUCUUUGUCAGCGGAGGACUUUACUCAUCUACAUCGUCUGAUGAAAAUGGUACUGCAGGUGGUUCUAGCAAGCAGACUGUGCAUUGGAGAGAAAAGUUGGCGUUGCAAUAUGUUAAACCUAUUUUCUCAAAAGAGGUCAUUGAUGUUAUUAAGGCUAGCACAGUUGAUUUGGGCCCCUUGAGUUUUGAUUCUCUGAGAAAAAACAAUAUGUCUGCUUCAUGGAGAUUUGUUGGGGUAGAGACUUCAGUUGAGAGUAAUGUUACUAUUUCUGAGAUAGCUGCAAAUGUGACAAGAGGAAAACCCAAGGGGAAACGUGAUGAUGUUUUGGCUGAUCAUUCUCAAUUUGUUGAUACACCUACAAAGCAACAUCGACGGCAAUUGAGAGAUAAAAGGCGCGAAAAGCGGGCAGCUGAGUUGUUGCGACAAGAUGAUGAAGCUAUUGUGAAGCUGGAAAAUGCAGCCAUUGAGCGCUCUAAAUCUGUAGACUCUGCUGUCCUGGGGAAAUACAGCAUAUGGAGGAGAGAAAAUGAGAAUGAGAAUUCUGAUUCUACUGUGCGGCUGAUGCGAGAUCAGAUAAUAAUGGCAAGAGUAUAUAUAAGUAUUGCAAAGAUGAAGAACAAACUUGACUUACAGCAAGAACUACAGACACGGCUCAAGGAGAGUCAGCGUGCUUUAGGAGAGGCAACAACUGAUGCGGAUUUACAUAACAGUGCACCUGAAAAAAUUAAAGCAAUGGGCCAAGUUCUGUCAAAAGCAAGAGAGCAACUGUACGACUGUAAAUUGGUUACUGGAAAGCUGAGAGCAAUGCUUCAAACAGCAGAUGAACAAGUUAGAAGCUUAAAGAAACAGAGCACAUUUCUGAGUCAGUUAGCUGCGAAAACAAUUCCCAAUGGAAUCCAUUGCUUGUCUAUGCGCCUUACCAUUGAAUACUAUCUUCUUCCUCUAGAGAAGAGAAAAUUUCCUAGAAGUGAGAAUUUGGAAAAUCCAAACCUCUAUCAUUAUGCCCUCUUCUCUGAUAAUGUCUUGGCUGCAUCAGUUGUUGUCAACUCAACAGUGAUGAAUGCCAAGGAUUCUUCAAAACAUGUAUUCCACCUUGUGACAGAUAAACUCAACUUUGGAGCGAUGAAUAUGUGGUUUCUUAUAAACCCUCCUGGGAAGGCGACUAUUCAUGUGGAAAAUGUUGAUGAAUUUAAGUGGCUUAACUCAUCCUACUGCCCUGUUUUGCGUCAGCUUGAAUCCGCUGCAAUGAAAGAGUAUUAUUUCAAGGCAGAUCAUCCUACUACUCUUUCUUCCGGUGCCUCAAAUCUGAAGUAUCGUAACCCAAAGUAUCUCUCAAUGCUUAACCACCUCAGGUUCUAUCUUCCUCAGGUCUAUCCUAAGUUGGACAAAAUUCUGUUUCUUGACGAUGAUAUUGUUGUCCAAAAAGACUUGACCAAAUUGUGGUCCGUAGAUCUCCAUGGAAAAGUGAAUGGUGCUGUAGAAACAUGUGGUGAAAGCUUUCAUCGUUAUGACAAGUACUUAAACUUCACAAAUCCUCAUAUUGCAAGAAACUUUGAUCCAAAUGCUUGUGGUUGGGCUUAUGGGAUGAAUAUGUUUGAUCUUAAGGAGUGGAAAAAGAAGGAUAUUACUGGCAUAUAUCACAAGUGGCAAAAUAUGAAUGAAGAUAGGGCACUUUGGAAGCUGGGUACAUUGCCUCCGGGACUGAUUACAUUUUAUGGUCUGACUCAUCCGCUUGAGAAAUCAUGGCAUGUGCUUGGUCUGGGUUACAAUCCUAGCGUUGAUCGGUCAGAGAUUGAUAAUGCAGCAGUCAUCCACUAUAAUGGUAACAUGAAACCAUGGUUAGAGUUGGCAAUGACAAAGUAUCGAUCAUACUGGACCAAGUAUAUUAAGUAUGAUCAUCCCUACCUUCGGAACUGUAAUCUAAGUGAAUAAACCUGAUGAUGGGAAUUAAGGUACUGUCAAAUACUCUCUUUCUUUCUCUCUUCACAGUUGAAGGGUCAAUUUCUUUUGGUUUACUGCAUCAGAAGGGAAAGAGUUCAAUUUUUCAUGCUGCAUGUACCUUCUCUCUAUUGCACAUUGUUUACCGUUCUUUGUAAUUCAUUAAAUUCGUUCUUACUUAUCCAAUGAAACAAGAUAACAAACUCCAUGUUGACCUGUAGAAACAGCAUAAGAUUUUUUUCAUCUUCUAUUUUGGUUUUUGUUGAAGUUCAGUUCAAUUUGAAAAGGAAAUAGUAAACCUCAUAUAAAUGUGAAUUUUCUGUAUUCAUUAAACAGAUCUUGCUUUAGAGAGUAAAACAUGUCAGGUCUUUUUAUCUUUA